AUGAAGCAGCGAGAGGAUGAAACUCUAAAAGCCUACAUAUCCCGAUUCAACAAGGAGGCGCUCUCGAUCGACGAAGCCGACGAUAAGAUACUUGAUGCGACAUUCACAAAUGGCUUGAAGAAGGGUAAGUUUUUGUUCUCCCUAUACAAAAACGACCCAAAAACCAUGUCAGAAGUACUUUAUCGUGCCAUAAAGUAUAUGAAUGCUGAAGACGCGCUCUUAACCCGAGAAAAGAGGCCCAGGAAAAGAGAAAGGCAAGAAGACACUCGGCAGGACCAAGGUCGAAAGAAGACAAGAACAGGAGACCGAAGGGAUGAGAGGCGCCCUAAGCUCCUAGGAGGAAGGUUCACGAGCUUCACUUCGUUGACAGCCCCGGGAAAGCUAAAGAGUGAUCCCAACAAACGUUCCAGGGAUAAACAAGGAAAACUGCAGAGAUUCGUUAGCAAGGAAAAGGUGGAUCCUCCCGCACAAGACCAACACCCUCGACGGGAUAACGAGCGACCGAGGCCCCCGAUAGUGGACAUAAGGACGAUCGUAGGAGGAACGACUGACACCGGGUCAUCCAAGAAGGCCCGCAAGACCUACCUUUGGAUGGUACAAAAUGUUCAAUUGAUAGGAGUCGUGCCGAAGAUAGCACGAAGAGAAGGCCCCAUAAUUAGGUUCUCAGAAGAAGACGCACGACGCCUUCACCAUCCACAUGACGAUGCGAUAGUUGUUAGCUUGCGGGUGGAAGAAUACAACAUGCACCCAGUGCUGGUCGACAACGGCAGUUCAGCAGAUAUUUUAUACUACCCAGCAUUCCAGCAGAUGAGGAUCGACAGGGAGUGGUUGGUUUCGACAAAUGCCCCGUUCAUUGGCUUCGGAGGGAGCCCCGUAUUCCCCCUAGGUGCGGUCACAUUGUCCGUAAUAGUAGGUGAUUACCCUCAGCAGAUAAUCAAGGAUGUGACAUUCUUGGUGGUCGAUUGCUCGUCUACCUACAACGCUAUCAUCAGACGACCCACGCUCAAUUCGUGGAAGGUGGUAACUUCCACCUACCACCUGAUGAUUAAGUUCCCAACCGACUACGGAGUAGGGGAGCUACAUGGAAGUCAGAUGGCCGUGCGCGAAUGCUACAUGGCUAUGAUGGAAAUGGAAGAUCAGGUUCAGGCUUUAAGCAUAGAAGAGCACCGGAUGGUAACGGAGCCAGUAGAAAGGUUAGAAGAGAUACCCCUUGACAGUUCCGAUCUUGGCCGAACGACCAAAAUUGAAACACUCGCUCACCCGCUAUCCGUUAGGAACUCAUUAACUUCCUCAGAGGCAAUCGAGAUGUAUUCGCCUGGGGUCAUGAAGAUAUGCUGGGGAUAG